AUGGAUCCGUUUUCUUCUCUUAGCUUGGCGACGUCGGUUGUCCAAGUAAUCGAUUUCAGCUCAAAAUUACUCUCCGGCUCCUAUCAGAUUUACCACUCCGUCGAUGGCCAUACCGACGAUGACCGGGAGCUCAGCGAAAGGGCGGCCGUUCUUCGAAAACUGGCCUCGACCUUGACAAAGCGAACUGCACCAGCCACUACCGACAGGAUUUCAAAAACCGUUGAUGGUCUAGCUAUUGAGAAGGCCCUGGUGUCGACUGGUUUGGAUGUCCCGGCGCACGCUGCUGAUCCGCUCGCUGGGUCGCAGGGGGAAACAAAUGCCGCACAAGAUGGACAUACUUCUUCUAGAAAUCAUGAAAUGGGGGCGACUGAUACUGCAUUCCCUGGCGAAGGUCCCGGUGACGAAGCCAUGCCGGUUGGGUCAAAUAACACGCUUGGGAUUGAACAGGCGUACCGCAAGCUCCAGAAAUUGAGAUCCAGGAUGCAAUCGACCGCGGAUGCAUUCGUUCCCGAAGACGCACAACGCAGCGAGCAAGAAAAAGGCAUCCAAACAGUUGCGGCCGGGUGCAGCGAGAUGGCCAAGAAGAUCGAAAGCACAUUGGAGAAGCUCCGCGCAGACCCCAAGAAUCAGAAAUUUCGGACGCUCGUGAGCUUUCGGCAAGCCUUCCUCAGAACAUGGAGCGAGAAGAAGAUACAUGAGAUGGAAAAAGCGCUCGACAAGAAAAGGAGCGAUUUGAUCCUCCACUUGGUGGUGGUUAUGAGUGACCAGCAGUCUAGCGUUGUUAGAGAGCUCCGUACGUUGCGAGAGGUCAGCAAUCGUCUUGGGUCAGCAUAUACGGAGCACUUGGACAGCAUCACGAAAUCCUUCAAAUUGAUUCAAAGCCAGGCGGGGAAAGAGUCAGACUUGAGGCGGAAGAACCCGAAGGCUUAUUACCAAGAAAGCAACGACAAGGACGGCAACGAUGGGAAGACGUUCAAUCUAUUCAAUCUACAUAUAACUCCGCACAAGAAGUCACUGGAACAAGGUGAUAUCGUAAGCUACGAAGAGAGUGCACAGGACCUUCGCUACCUGGCUGAGGCUCUCUCGCUCCUGACCUCAACGGCGUCCAAGGUAGCAAUCGCCCAGAGGGUUCUCGCAGGUCUCCAUUACAAGACCAUGAUGAUGCGGAUGGAGAGUGUUGCCGAAGCAUAUGCGGACACUUAUGAGUGGAUAUUUAAGACACCGCGAGCAAGGGCUAAGAAAAACAUCAAGGUGUACUUUUACGAAUGGCUGUUGAAGAAAGAUGGGAUAUUCUGGGUAUCGGGCAAACCAGGCUCAGGAAAGUCGACUUUGAUGAAAUUUCUCUGCGACCACGCCCGAACCGAAGAAGCCUUGUUAGAGUGGGCAAAACCACUGGAUCCAGUCGUGUCGACGCAUUUCUUCUGGAGCUCGGGAACCGCCAUGCAGAAAUCACAGGAAGGCCUCUUCAAGUCCCUUCUGUACGAUGUGUUUAGAAAAUCACCUGAAAUUAUGAGAGCUGUCUGCCCUCAACGAUGGGCGGCAGGCAGAAGAGGAGAAGGCGAACUGGAACCUUGGACGAUAUCAGAGUUGCGCCGAACACUAGUUUCUCUUGCGAGGUGCUCUGGCCUACCAUACAAAUUCUGUUUCUUCAUUGAUGGGCUUGAUGAAUAUGAAGGUGACCAUUCGGAGAUGAUCACCGUUCUAAGAUCGUUGGCCACUUGCCCAAAUAUUAAGCUAUGCGUCUCAAGCAGGCCGUGGAAUGUCUUUGAAGAUGCUUUCGGCAACACUGAUACUAGGAAGCUAUACCUUCAACACCUGACCAACGACGAUAUACGGCUUUAUGUACGGAAGAAGCUCGAGGAGCAUCCAAAUUGGCAGGUUCUACCAGAGGAGCAUGAUAUCUAUCGCAGCAUAUUGACAGAAGUAACUACGAAAGCGCAGGGGGUGUUUCUGUGGGUGUAUCUCGUUAUCCGCUCGCUCUAUGAAGGCCUCACCAAUGGAGAUCCAUUGCGUGCAUUAGAACGAAGGAUCCGCAGAUUACCGGCGGACUUGGAGCCGUUCUUUAAGCAUAUGCUCAACUCUGUGGACUCAUUCUAUCAUGCGCAGAUGGUUCAAACCUUUCAAGUGGCACUGGGUUCACCUAGUCCGCUUCCUUUGAUGAUUUAUUGCUUCCUGGAUGAAGAAUACGAACAUCACAACUUCGCGCUUCACAUGCCUUUUAAGCAAAUGCCAAUGCUUGAGGUAGAGCGCCGACAAGCACAAUUGCGUAGACGGCUGAAUGGAAGAUGCAAGGGGCUUCUGGAGGUGCAUCAGAAUGGGGGUGAGGGCAAGCACUUGGGUUACCGUGUGGAUUUUCUUCACCGUACAGUCCGAGAUUUUCUUCGGACCAAGGAAAUGAGUGACUUUCUAAUGGAUACGGCCACGGAAGAUGGGCCAAACGCGCUGAUUUUCAAGACCUUUGUUCCGUUGAUCAAAUCGAUUCCCUGGGAGGAGAUGGAUAUGUCAGAAGAUGGCCCCUUGUCGAUCAUCUUAAUGGAUGCAAUGCACUACGCUUACAAGGCCGAACAGGAGUCCGGAAAAUCUCAAACGGAGCUCCUUGAGGACCUUUCUCGUGCACUGCGAUUCUAUGCUACUACAACGGGGAAGCCCAUUCCUUGGUAUAAAGGGUGCUAUUCGAGGUCUAAGAGUAUUCCUGGAUACCCCCCUUGUCAGACCUUCUUGGAAUUUGCGGUGCAGAAUGGGUUAUGUUUAUACGUAGAGGAGCAGCUUCGGCAAAAACGAGAGCCUCUUGACGUCAAACAGCCACUAUCGCUCUGCGCGGUCGCCCACCUACCCCCUUAUAAAAUAGAAGCACCAGACCUAGGCGAUAUGGUACGUCUUCUUCUCGACAUCCGGACGCCAGCUACGCUAGACUCGGUUGAUGACCUUUGGACCGCGUUCAUGUCGACUUGUGGAGAGAUUAAUGAUAAUCCGGACUAUUUCCCCAACAUUUCCAACAUGGUUAGGCACAGACAAGGAAUAACGGAACUGUUGUUGGCCCGUGGCGCCAACCCAGACACUCUCUCGCAUGACUCCAUCCCCGCCUGGUGGGACUUUCUCGUGAGCUGUGGAUGCCGGAAUAUUCCUUCUUCAGCAUAUCCGCACCUGCUCCAGACUCUCAAACUUGUCCUCCCGGCUGGCGUUCGUUUCUCUGGCCGAGGUUGGAGCGUGUCAGAUGCGAUAGAUCAAAUCAUGUUUGAUGGCUAUGAUGACUAUGUCGAGGUAGCGGAAAAUCCCGCCGCGCGACUUGAAUUUCUCUCGGAAAUUUGUUGUCUGGUGAUUUCGCACGGUUUCGAGUUAUCAGCAUCACAAAGAGAUAACUUAGAGCUAAAUUAUCCGGCUCGACUCGUUGCGUCAAUCUUUUCGACUAUAGAGGAGCAAACUUCCAAGGCCGAAACAAAGCCCCAGCGCAAAUACACUGAUUAUUUAAGUAUAUGGAAACUGGUAUCAUGGAUGAAAGGUGGAGGUUAG